AUGUCUGACACCGAAGGUGAUUCGACUGCUGCGCCAAUUGGCACAACCUACUCUACCUCUGAUUAUGCAUACACUCCUGAUGAAUUAAUGACAUCAGAGCGCCAAGAAUCGAGGCCAGAUUGGAACUCUACGGGUUUCCGUGUGAUAUGGGACCACUUAUCACUGCGCCAACGCUACUAA